CACUUCAUAAUGCAACAAAUCUGACUGCCAUUCAGUAAAAGAAUAACCCAAAAACCAAAAUGCGAAGAAAACAGCGUUGAUGCCCAAUUUCUCUUCCUGUGGACUUACCUACUUAGUUCCGGUGGCUUCCGAUUCGCUAACUAAUCUUGCGAUCCUUGAAACUAUAGCAACGUAAUUCCAUUCUGUGUUGCUUUUUUUAUUUUGUCGGUUUGAGGAGCUGCCUGUGUGUGUGUUCAGUGUUUGUAGCAGAGAUUAUUUGGGCUUGUUGGUGAUUGUUUCGGAGGGCAUUUGUUAGCCAUGGCAGCUAUCAUCUUUAACCUCUUUGUCAUCAACAAGUCUGGCGGACUCAUCUUCUACAAGGGUUUUAAUUGCGGUGCAAGGAGUUGGCGUGGGCUAGUUACAUUAAUUUUACGCCACAUAUCACAUCAGUUUGGCUGGACCACUUCCGAUCCAGUCAGUUUGACGAUGUGUUAAUGGAGCGCGUCACCUUGCGAGACUCUCUGUGAUGAUUUGGGUUGAUUAUGGAACGCAAGGCCGACUUGACACAAAUGACAGCUUGAGACUUGCGAGUCUUUGGCACUCCAUGCACGCGAUUUCGAAGGAGUUGUCUCCGGUGAACGGCUGCAAUGGAAUCGAAGUUUUAGAGGCCGACACUUUUGAUCUCCAUUGCUUCCAGGCCCUCACAGGCACAAAGAUCUUCGUGGCUACUGAGCCAGGAACUCCAGGCAUAGAUAGUUUGCUGAAAACUAUCUACGAGAUUUAUACAGAUUAUGUUUUGAAGAACCCAUUUUACGAAGUGGAAAUGCCCAUCAGGUGUGAGUUAUGGGAUCUGAAUCUGGCUUUGGCUGUUCGGAAAGACGGCAAAGCAGGCCUUGUAGGCCGCUGAGAAGCUAUGUAUUUUGAAUCCUCGUCAGGUAUUUUAGGUAAAGACCAAAUUCUUUCCAGUGCAGUGUAUGACUUCCUUACGGCAACCAGUGAUACAGGGGAACUUUCUAAUGACAAUCAAGCGAUUGUAGUACUCGUGUUGAGCUUCUGUACGUCUCUUUACCAUCUAUGUAGCCGUGUGAAGAGGGUAGGGUUGUUCGCUAACCACACAGGGAAGUCAGUGACGCGGAUGUCAAUCCCACUUUAUGUAUUUUUUGCCCUGAUGAUAAAUUGUACACACAUCUACUGUAACUGCGAAAUUACUAGCUCAA